AGGCAAUCUUCACGAUUGAUACUCUUCCGGGAGAACAAGACCAAUCAAGCAGAAUCCUCAGCAGCUAUCUCUUCCUCACUUUACAAUCAGCAUGAGCCACUAUGUCCUCGAUGAAUUGCCCGCCCUAGCCGAUUCGCUUCGCGCUAUCUGCUCUCCGGUACUGCAGCAGCUCCAACCCUCCCCACUCCGGGUGACCGGGAAGAUUCCAGCCCUACAUGUACCAGAGAUGAGCAGACUACUGCCUCCCGUACUUUUGGAGACCCUGCCAGCCUAUCUCAAGAAUGCGAUCUUCUCGGAGGUCACGAGAAGACUGGAAGAAAUGAGAAGCUGUCAACUUCGAAUCUUCGGGGAGAGCAUGAGCAGGAUGCUGUCUUCUGAUAUCUCACGGCAGCAAGGUCAUUCUAAAAUGGAUGAGGAGCUUGAGAAAUCAAUGGUCUGCAUUAUUGAGCGGGUGUACGCUAGCAAUGUGGAUUCAAUCAGAACAACCGUUGCGACUGCGAUCGCCUCUUUCAACAAGCAGCCUUCGGGUAGGAAGACAGGGGGAUUCAAGAAGGACGCAUUGGAGGUGCUUGAGGCUGCUUUCUCUCGUUCAGCUGUUCUCUCACAGCGAGAGUGUUCUCUGGUUGCCAAAGCUGCGGGCAUCUCCCAUCAACAGGUGAGUCAAUAGCUCGCAUUGCCUGAAUCUCGUUGACCUUACUUACUCUGCUCAGGUCCGCACGUGGGUGAGUCUUUCGGUAUAUAUUCCACUUCUGUUCGCAGCAAAUCCUCGUCCACCUCCAUCGCUCUGUAUCUAUGCCUUCACCACCUCGUCCAUAACUAUUCUCUUUCGCAUUUCGCGUGGUCAACCUCCACUUUUCGAAGUUUCACAUUCCACAUUCCACAGCUGCUUAUUGUCCACCAUUUGAUUCCGAAUGUGGCACUCGAAUGUGGCACCUGAGCUGACACCGUUUGCCCACAGUUCCAAAACCGAAGGAAUCGAAAGCGACAGAGCAAGCGG